AUGAAUCUUAAUUCUGGAUUUCUUACAAGUGUUAUAUAGAUAAUUCCUGGGGAUAGCGCGGAAUACGCUAUCCCCAGGACCAACCGGGAUCGGAUUCACACAUGGAACGGGAGUUCCAUGUGUGGAUCCAUUUUUUACAUGUGAGAUAUUUACUUUCACGUGUGAAAAAUGGAUCCACACAUGGAACCCUCGCUCCAUGUGGGAUCCGAUCCCGGUUGGUCCUGGGGAUAGCGUAUUCCGCGCUAUCCCCAGGAAUUUUCUAUAGCUUAUUUCAGCUUAGAUCUCAACCUCCAUGAUGGAUCUAAAUAUGUGAUUUUUUACUGCAUUUAUGCUAUGGCACUGCAGUGUGGUAUGGCCUUUGACUAUAUCACUGGGUACAUGAUGUCAAGUGUUGAAACAGCUCUUGCUUUUAGUACUGUCAUUCUUUUCCCUAUAACUGCAUUUGGAGGGCAGCAUGUAAAAGUCACCUCAAUUCCGCUUGCGUGGAGAUGGAUUACCUAUCUUGCUGUAAAUAUUAUUUAG